CCCGAAGCAGUUUGAGGCGACGGGCUGCUGCACUGUCUCGUUGUUGCGUUGUGUUCGUUUCCUUCCUCUUACAUUCCACGCUCCCGGCGGCGGCCAGAGCGGCAGCGCGAGACUAUUCUGGCGGCCUGCUCUGCACCUCCCGCGCGCCCGCCUCGCUCGGCCGGACAGUCCAGCGUCGUCAGUCGGCCCGCGCCCCGCUAGGGUUCAGACCCGGAGCCCGCCUCGCCCAGGCCCAGUGGUCGGAGCUAGCGCCCCGCCUGAGAGCCCCCUCGCUCUGGCGGCGCGGCCACCGGGAGCGGAGCGUCGGUCGCAGCGGCCCGAGACGAAGCGAGCGAGCGAGACCGAGGGGUGGCCGGGGCAGGUGGUGGCGCCGCGAAGAUGGUUGCCAAGCAGCGGAUCCGUAUGGCCAACGAGAAGCACAGCAAGAAUAUCACCCAGCGCGGCAACGUCGCCAAGACCUCGAGAAAUGCUCCUGAAGAGAAGGCGUCUGUAGGACCCUGGUUAUUGGCUCUCUUCAUUUUUGUUGUUUGUGGUUCUGCAAUUUUCCAGAUUAUUCAAAGUAUCAGGAUGGGCAUGUGAAGUGACUGACCUUAAGAUGUUUCCAUUCUCCUGUGAAUUUUAACUUGAACUCAUUCCUGAUGUUUGGUAUCCUGGUUAAAAACAAUUCAGUAAAGCAUCCUGCCUCAGAAUGACUGUUCAUAUCAUCCUUCAUGUGUCAUUCCAAGGUUUCUUCACAAGUCAUUCCGAGUUUUCUAGUCCAUACCACAGUGCCUUGCAAAAGCACCACAUGAAUAAAGCAAUAAAAUUUGAUUGUUAAGCUACAGUAGUGGACCCUACUUAUUCAGUCAGUAAAGAGUAAGUUUUUGGUUUUUUUAAAAGGUGGUUAUUAGAACAAGAUAUAGAAUAGAAAAUUAGAUUAAAUCUGUGUAGACAGGGUCUAGAUUUUGUUAGCCCAAAUGUGUAAAUGCAGUUAGCUUAAUUUAAAAUUGGGACUCCUACAGUUUUUAUAUAGCUAGGCACUUUAUUACUAUUUCUUGAAUUGAAAGCACACUCCCACAAAGGGUCGUGUAACUGUCCUGUAAUAAGGGACUUAUAAAUGGAACAACUACACGGCUAGCCUAGUUUUCCCACAAUCUUUUAGCACCUAAAAUUUUUUAAAAGCUUCUAAAUGCCCGAUACAAAGGGAGAUGCUUACAUCCACAAUGUCUAUUUUAACAUUAUUAUUUCUAUUACACUACCUUGGAUUGCGCAUGAGUGAAUAUACUAACCGAGGAUGCCAUAAGAAAACAACUUGGUUGAGCAUUUUAUAACUUAGUCACUUCAGUUUCACUAAAAGUAGCCAUGGUGGAGUAAAGUCAGGGAAGGUUUUUUAAUAUCACCAUUGAUUGCACCAGAAUUACUUUAAUAUAUCAAAGGGGUCUAUUAUGGUGAACAACAUUUUAGGGGAAAAUACUACUAAAAAUGGAUGCCUCACCAGGACAUACUAUUGAGUCCAGUGCCAUAAGACAUCUUAGCAUGUUGAUAGCACUUUUAAUACCAAAAAGGCACAUCAACUGAAAAGUUACACUUAGUUUGGAAAUACUUUUCUUGAUUUAUGGUUAAAAUUCUGUUAGGAUACUAGAUAUAUCAGACUAAAGUGUCAUUGGGAAUUAAAUGGAUUUAACUGAUAAGAAUCAGUCCUUAGUCUUCCCUUUGUUAUAUGAUUUUACAGGUUAUGAUUGAUCAGACUUUGUUUUUACUAAUGGUAAGGGUGAGAGAUAAGGCAGGUUUGAGGUUUACUGGUACUGUUGAAAAUUUCAAGUAUUGGCUAUUUAAAUACUUAGCCCUAAGGUUGAUGAAAAAAGCCUGAGAGGUGUCUGUGUGUUAAUGAAUUCGAGAGAAAGCUGCUUGUUUGCUUUGUUGAUUGCCUCAGGAUAUCUCUUUAAAAUAAGCUCUUUUAAGAGGAGCAGAAGGGAAAUCUACUACCUAGUCUAUACAGUAUGAACCUCAAAGCUUCUGAUAGCCCUAAGUAUGGGGGAGAGUGAGCGAGAGGAGAGGUUAGGAUGGUCCUUGACUACUCUGGAAUAGGAAAGGAAUCCGCUGACCUUGGACCAGCAGGUUUUUAUCUGCAUUGUUAACCUGCCUUUCUCACCCAGGAAAUCAACCCCUGUGUUUGUUUCCCUCUUGGUUAACUAAUUCUAUUUUGUACCUUUAAAAAUGAAAUUUAUUGUUCUAAAUUCAUAGCAGGUGCCUUAGUCUUUGCUUUUGAGUCAAACUAUUCCAUAUCUCCAUAUCAGAAUUUCCCUUUGGUUUACUAUAGAUAGUUGGCUUUAAAACAUUUGAUUUUUUUUUUUUUAACAAUGUCUAUUAAUUUGAUUGUUGAAUUGCCAUAGUGAGCAAUCAUUUUACAUAUGUAAAGUUGCAUUCCCUUUGUAUUUCAUAUGUAAUUACCAAUUGGGUGCAUUUUAUAUUAAGGAUGGAUUAUGCAUGUUUGGGUCAAUGAAAGCUAUGUCUUAUUUGAUUUACCCUUUAAAAAUAAAGAUCGCUGAAUAGUU